CUCAUCGUGGGCCGCAUGGCAGCGGUAGCCGCCAGUGGCGCUGGAAGUUGAAGGCUCGGUGGCAUGAGCCUGCUGUCCCAGCCUCUGGGCCUCCGUGGACUUGCCAAGAGAAUGGCGACACAGACUAGCACAAGUUCUCUUUCAACAGGGUUUAAGACACGACUGUCGGCGAUUCUUUUAGUCGUCUUCUUCCCUAUGUGCAGCUUCUGCGUGAACUGCUAUGACGGAGUCGUGACGACGGGAGAUUCUGUAUCUGCAGCAAAUGAUGUUUCAAGCUUCUCAACGAGCGCGUGUAAUCAAGUCAAAGGAAGUGCUUUUGACACCUGCGCAAUAUUUUGCUCGAAAUAUCAAAUGUUGAAAUCUAAUCAAGGCGUCUAUACUUGCUCCCGUUUUUGUAUGAAUGCCACAGAGUGCGCUGUCAGUGCUAGCUUGGAACAUGCACUUUGUGCGCAGAUGAUGAGCAUUCCAGAUGGAAACAGGAUACUUGUUGGCUGCGUUCAGAAAUGCUCGACAACUUCCAACUCAAAUGCAGAUCCCACUUGUACAUCUUCGUCGAAGAUUUGCUCUAAAGAUCAGGGUUACACAAGCUCUGCUUCCAAGAGCGCAAGUACGAUGCUAUUUUGGUCCAUUUCCAUUGGUUACCUCUUGAUUCGACCGAACUUAGUAUGAUGUAGCAAUGAAGAUAGAUUUGAAAUCG